AUUAGUUUUAGGUGAUACAAACAACCGUUAAGUGAACAAAACUAUUAUACUCUGUAGCAAAAUGUUCCAAGAGUAUAAUAAAAAUUGCAGACAUGAUCUGAAUUUCGAUUACUUUGAAAUGGUAUAACACGAUUUUGAUAACUAUUGAUUCUUUUGAUUUCGAAAUAAUUUAAUAGGACUUAAAUGAGAAUCUUGGUUUCUACUAGCCCAGUUUUGAAAAUAUUUCAUAUAUGAUUUAAGAAAACAAUAUUAGUUAUUCUGACCUCACACACACACUCGAAUUACAUAUAUUUUCGGCUAUCCUGUUUGUGUUCCAAAUAAAUACAGCCCCUCAUUUCGUAUAGACAUUUAUUGUAAAAUUACUAUUCCAAGUUUCUUAAUAUGUAAUCAAAUACUUUUAUAUGCAUAGCAUACAUUUCAUCUUCGUUGACCAUUGAAGUCAUUCUUGAAAGACACUCACUUGUUUCUGCUUGCGAUAAGACCUCCUAAGAAAUAUGUGAUUGUCUCGUCAUGCACACAGUCAAUGACCUGGUAUUUGUAUACUCGUACAUCAAAUGAAGAACCACAGUAAGGCAAAUCAAUAAAUAAAGAAACUGUAUUUUUCUGCAUAUUUUCAAUUCGAAUUUACACAAAAGUACAAACUCGUGUGCUAGUCAAGCAAAGCAUCGACCUACUUUGAACAGACAAAAACAUAGUAAGCCUAAAAUGCAAUGACGGUAAAAGUCCUUUCCUCGCCCACAUUUCCCAUGCACAAUAAUUACAAAUUUUUACAAUUCUUGAAAUUAGUAUUCAAUAUCAGUUUUAGUACAAUAAUUACGAUUUAGUUCACCGCUCGCCUUUCACCGUAACCUCUAGCCUUUCCGAACAAAUAUCAUAUUGUAUAAAAUAAUAAAGUCAUACAUAUGUGUUGUGUUUACAUUGAGCGUUGUAAAUUUUGCCAUUUGAAUACCUUCACGUCUUAUCACUAAGUUCUUUAAUUGAGCAAAUUAAGUGAUAAACGCGCACACAGUCGUCAGUCAUAAGCGAUUGUGAUGGUUAUUACGCCUUCGUCGGCUGAAAAUUCGUCCACAGAUAUUUAGUGUGACAGCGGCGGUCCAGCAGACAAUACCAUGCGUUAACACAUACACAAAAAUAAGAAAAAAAAACAAAUUUAAAUGUUGAAUUUGACCUUUAUAUUAUUAAACAGUGUCAAAGCAAGUGCAGUCAUCAUAACAAACGCUAGUCAAACAUAAUGUGCGAAACUCGAACGGUUAAAAAUUUGUAUGCUUCAACGAUUGAGCUGCAUGGUCCAGCGGCAGCUUCUCAAAAAGCGCGUAACACUGGUAACUCGAAUAGUAACGGUAUCGUUGACGUAGGUGCCAAUGUGCUGCGUAUUAUUUGGCAUAGUUUGUAUGAGAAAUACGAUUAUCUGCGCAGACGCAGUGGACAUUUAAAAGUUAUUGUUGAGCGUGAGACAAACAAACCUUUGGCGAAGAAAUUUCGCCGCUCGUUGCGUUUAAAUAAAUCAGCAAAACAAAAAGGAUAUGAAUUUUUCAUAAGCGAUGAGGAUAAGAGGCGACUGGAUGAGUAUACCCGCCGGAAUACCGAAUUGUCCACGCGGCUUGGAGUACCUUACGAUGGUCGACCAGCUUUUGGUUAAACAAAAAGUCGAAUUACUCGAAGCUUUCACCGGUUUCGAAACCAAUAAUAAAUUCUCGAUAAAAAAUGCGCUCGGUCAAAAAGUCUAUUACGCUGUCGAAGAUAAUGAUUGCUGCACACGUAAUAUGUGUGGCCCUGCACGUCCUUUUGAUAUGAAAGUUUUUGAUAAUUUCCGCAAUGAAGUCAUCCAUAUGUAUCGCCCAUUAGCCUGUUCGGCAUGUUGUUUUCCCUGUUGCCUACAAACAAUGGAAGUGUCCGCACCACCGGGCAAUAUAAUUGGCUCCAUCGAGCAAGAAUGGUCCAUCUGUUCGCCUUCAUUUCGUAUUAAAAAUCAUAUUGGCGAUACUGUGUUACGCAUCGAGGGACCCGUUUGCACGUUUUCAAUGUGUGGUGAUGUUGAAUUUAAGGUGGUUUCUUUAACCGGUGAACCUGUGGGAAAAAUUUCAAAACAGUGGUCUGGUUUGGCACGCGAAAUAUUCACCGAUGCAGAUUUCUUUGGUAUUACCUUCCCGAUGGACUUGGAUGUGCGGAUGAAGGCUGUACUUUUGGGUGCUACUUUCCUUAUUGAUGCCAUGUUCUUUGAAAAACAAGCAAAUCGUGAAACCGACCGUCCAGGCAUGUUCUAAACAAUACGGCUCUUAAAAAAAAACAAGUUUAUUACAAUCAAAACAUACACACCAUUUGGUGUUAUAUUUGAUAUAUUAAAUUUUUUUAUCUCAAUAAUCUAUUCGAAUGUAAAAAAUACAAAUUUUUUUGAUAUAAUAUGACGGACUAGUCACCUUUAAGCCAAAGUAAACACAAAAAUG